AUGGAGGACGUCAGGCGCUCGGAAUUCUCGCCAAACGAGACCGAAAAGGGGGCUCAAACACCGCAAGAGGGAACCACAGAUGGAACUCACCUGUCAACGACCCAUGAUGAUGCCCAGAUCCCCCCUAUGGACGGUGGACUCAACGCGUGGCUUUUCCUUGCAGCAUGUUUUGCCAUGGAGGCUCUUGUCUGGGGAUUUGCUUUCACGUAUGGUGUUUUCCAAGCAUACUACAGCGAGAUCCCCCAGUUCAAAGAUUCGGGAAACAUAGCGGUGGUAGGAACAUGCGCAAUGGGAAUCAUGUAUCUUGAUAUUCCACUUGUCUUUGCCGCUUACCGACAAUGGCCGCGUUUCCAGCGUCUCGGUUGUGGUAUCGGUGUGCUCAUGAUGUGCGCAGCUCUUGGCCUCAGUUCCCUCGCCACAAACACCAACCACCUCAUCAUUGCUCAAGGUAUCUUCUAUGCCCUGGGCGGCAGUGUCGCAUACGCUCCUUGUAUCCUCCUGAUGGAAGAAUGGUUCGAUCGACGAAAGGGCCUGGCAUUCGGUGUCAUGUGGGCAGGUACUGGACUUGGCGGCGCCGUCCUGCCAAUCGUCAUUGAGCAAUUGCUAGGCAAAUACGGAUUCCGUAUCACCCUGCGGGGCUUCGCGGUAGUCUUGUUCGUCCUCACUGCGCCGCUGGUCUACUUUGUCAAACCGCGCGUGCCAAUCCCAGCAAGCAGACCGAGUCCGCCACCUCCUAACAUGCGGUUUCUCUUCACGUCGACAUUUGCAAUCUUUGAGCUCUGUAAUACCGUCGAGGCACUUGGGUUUUUCCUACCAUCUCUCUACCUCCCGACUUACGCCGGUAUGCUCGGAGCGUCGACAUCACUCCAGGCACUGACGGUUAUCCUCUUCAACUCGGCAUCUGUCGUCGGAUGUGUAUUGAUGGGUGCGAUCAUCGAUAAGCUCGAUGUGACUGUCUGUAUCCUGGUAAACACAGUCGUCUCCAGUAUCGGCGUAUUCCUCAUUUGGGGCUUCUCGAUGUCUCUGGCCCCGUUGUUCAUCUUCUCCAUAGUGUAUGGUCUGGCCGCAGGCUCAUAUACCAGUACAUGGCCCGGUAUCAUGCGCGAUGUGGUGAAGAAAACACCAUCCGCGGAAUCGAGCAUGGUGUUUUCGUCUCUUGCGGCUGGUAGAGGUAUUGGAAACUUGGUCUCCGGUCCCCUGAGCGAGACUCUUGUCAAGGGCAUGCCGUGGGAAGGAACCGUUGGAUAUGGAUAUGGGAGUGGAUAUGGGUCAUUGAUUGUUUUCACGGGGGUGACAGGUGUCGUGGGUGGUGGAAGUUAUCUUGCCCGUCGCAUGAAGUGGCUGUGA